GAGCAGAUGGGGGCGGUAAUGCACCAACAAGCUGGAAGAAGAAGAAGACGAAGACCCGUAUGUAAUUCGUCAUAUCCGGUAUUGACGUGUGGUUUCUUCUUGGAAUAACAACAAUGGCGUCGUGCAGUCACGAGUCUGCUCCGGCCCCCGAAGAAGAGCGGACUGAAGCUCUUCCAUCCCAGAAGAGAGAAGAGAGACUUCGAAAAUUCCGAGAGUUACAUUUCAAACGGAAUGAAGCACGUAAGCUCAAUCACCAGGAAGUUGUAGAGGAAGACAAGAGACUGAAACUUCCCACAAACUGGGAGGCGAAGAAAGCCCGUCUGGAGUGGGAACUUGCCGAAGAUGAAAAGAAGAAGGACUGUGCUUCUAGAGGGGAGGAUUAUGACAGAGUAAAACUGCUGGAAAUCACUGCUGACGAUGCAGAGCGGUGGGAAAGAAAGAAAAAGAAGAAGAACCCAGAUACAGGAUUUGCAGGUUAUGCUGAGGCUCAAUUCCGACAGUACCAGAGGCUCACCAAGCAAAUCAGACCAGAUUUGGAAGGCUAUGAGAAGCAGCGGGAAGACUGUGGUGAGGACUUCCACCCCACGUCUAAUAGCCUCAUCUAUGGCACCCAUGUUCCCACAAAGGAUGGCAUUGACCGCAUGGUGGACGAUGUUGAGAAACAGAUUGAGAAGCGAGCCAAGUACAGCCGACGCAGGGCCUACAACGACGACGCGGACAUCGACUACAUUAAUGAGAGGAAUGCCAAGUUCAACAAGAAAGCAGAGCGUUUCUAUGGCAAAUACACGGCAGAGAUCAAACAAAACUUGGAGAGAGGCACUGCUGUGUAAUUGGUCACCUUGAUAAAAAAAUAUAUUGGUUAAGUUUUGCUAUCAUUCAGGAGGCUUAGAUGCAUCCUUUUUUUGUCAGUACUUUAUGCAAAUAUGUGCUAGUGUGAAUACCAUGUGAGAUUUGAAUUGAGUGAUCUUGUUUUGUUCAGUUGGAAAUUAAAACAGGAUUGCUGUGAUUGUCUUAA